UAGGUUUGUUCCAGGAGCACAACAGGUUUGGCCCUGCUCACAGCAACUUGCAAGGCAAAGAUUGGUCCUGGGCAGUGACAUCCACCACAGAGAAGUCCCCUGAGUUUUCUCUGGAAGGACAGGAGUGGGACUAAAGGCCACACCUAUGGCUGAGCAGCCCGGCCCAGAGACAUCCCUGCUAGCCCAGGUGCUGGCUGCAGACAGCACUGAAGCCCCUCCACUCCGCACUACCCGCCGUGGGUCCCAGCCCCCCGCCCGGGGCACGGAGGAUGGCAAACCCCACCCCCUGCCCUCCCGCCGCAACUCCAUCCUCAGCCGCCGCAGCUCGUUCGGGAUGGUCCCGGCGAGCAGGCGGCCCUCCAUUGGCCCCUGGAUGCUCCACAGACGUGUUAGCUUCUCUGGGCUCCCGAUUUUCCAACCCAUCCUCAAGACCCGCCUUGAAAACACUUACAGGAUGGGGCCAGACAAAGGCUGCAAGUUUGAUGCAGAGCGGGUGCAGCAGGUGCUGGAGGGGACCCUGACCUGUGCCUUGGGGACCACUGCAUACAGUAGCCAGGGCAGUGCCGCACUAGCCCAGAGCCUGACUGAGCUGGUGCACAACAAGGCCAAGGAGGUGGUGCCACCCCGCUACAAGCUGGUCUGCCACGUGGUGCUGGGCCAGCAGGGCCAGCAGAGCCUGUUGGUGGCCAGCCGGGGACUUUGGGACCCUGAGACUGACAGCUUUGCCUCUGCCACCUUCUCCAACGCCUCCCUCUUUGCUGUGGCUACAGUGUAUGGGGUCUACUUCGAGUAGCACAUGCCCCUCCAUCCAUGAGUCUUGCAGAGCUGUAAGGAGAGAGCAGCUGAAAUAAAGAGGUUUUAUCCA